GAGUAUGUCACCAUUCAAUGUAAAAGAUCCAUUCCAAAAUCCAAAUUUCACGAAGGAGCAAGUACAGUUAUUAUAUAGAAACUUUGCACAUGACUAUGAUUUCAUUAUUGAUCUGGCAAUAAUUGAAGACAUUUACACAUGGACAAAUGGACAUGCUGGCCUAGUAUGCCUUUGCAGAAAAGCUAUUUAUGUAAAUUUAAUAAGGAAGCUUGAUGAAAGAAGAAGGCUUGACUUUUUAACCUGGUUAAACUUCACCAUUAGUUCAUUGCAAAAAUCAGUACUAGAUUAUGCCACCUUUAGAAAGAUGGUCCAUAUACUUACCAAGGAUAAAGCCAGGAAAGCCAUGCAACUUAUUCGAUCUACAUUCAUAGGAUUCUUUGAUUUAGUACAGAUUGUUGACAAUGAAGAAAGAAAUUUAGCAGAAUUCUUAACAGCUGAGGGUGUGCUAAUUAGGGAUGAAGAGACCAAAGAUAGAUUUAAAAUGUCAUCUGUUUUUGUAGAUGAGCUGGUUCGACAAAGGGUCAUUCCUGAAUUAUUCAAGUCCUCCCCAACAGUUGCAGUUCCUGAAAAACACGAUGGAUUCCUUGAUACUGUCAAUGUUUUGAAGACAGUUGUCCAAUUCUUUGACCAAGACAUCAUUUCUAGAGUAUACUAUCGGUCAUUUAAAACAGCACAUAAU